AGCUGCGCGCUAGCCACUGAUGCUCGUAGCCUCCACUGCGCGAGAUUGUUUCUGCCGCAUCCAGUCAGAAACGGGAAGAGCAGCUGAGAUCACUGCUCUUUGCGGAGGGGAACCAGUCAAACAUUUCCCGUACAGGCAGUGAAUGAUGUAAGCGCUCUGCAACAGCCGCAUACCACCGGCGCGACGGCUGUACAGACUUCCCGACUGACGGAUAACCUCCUAGGCAACGCAUGACACACAUGAUGUUUGGUGUUGGACUGGCGAUUCACUGAAAUCUCAUUUCUCUGGCGGAAGUGGCUUCUCCGCGAUGCUUUCUCAUGGGAUGUAGCAAUGCAAACAAGUCUCCGCGCCUUUGCAUGCUAUUGUUCAUACAUUCGAAGGCAAAUAUUGUAUAUGUUUGUAUAUUUUCAAUUGGUUAAUUCCCGUCAAUUGCUCCUUCCCGCGUGUACAGUUAGCCCAUCCACAUUUCUGUAUUAGCCUAUCCUCUCUGUUGUAGGCUAACGAAAUAGGUCAACUUUUUUCGAUAAAGCUGAGACUAUCAGCAGUGAUUUUAGUUUAAGAAAAAAAAACCCCCAACAUAAAUCGUCCAACGAACAUUGUGCGUUGAGUACCCGGCGACCUGAGCAGAAGCCUAGCCAAUGAAGGUUAAGUCAGGAGCAACCUGUUGUUCUGUCCCUUGAAUCUUCAUCUUCACAGAAACAGCUUUUACGAUCCCCCCCCCUCUUGCUACAUAAGCUAAAUGCCAGCUCGUGGCGCUGUUUUCCCCGCGCUGCCCUCGUCGGUGCACCUGUCUCACGAGCAUACAAGUCACGCCGUGAGUUUCACCACCCAUGCCCCAUAAAGCACAGUCCCGCCGCCGCCGUCCCCUGCAUGCUCUCUCGCCUCUGCGUCGCGUUUCAACAGGAGCGGCGUGAUGAGGUAAAAAAAAAAAAAAACGGAAAGGAGGGGGGAAUAGCGAGCGAUUUUUCGCAAUGCUCUUCUUCGCUUUUCCUCACACGCGCACGCAUCCUCGCGCGUAAACCACUCCUCUUCUGGCGUUCCAUCAUCCGUCUCCAUCCCUCCGUCUCUCCCAUCUACUGAAUCAAACCGAAGGCAGGAGGAGGGGGGAGAGAGGCGGUCAUCGUUUCCGUGGGAAGAGAAGCAAGUGGCCGAUGUCCUUGGCACCUCUCUCUGUUACGGACCACCGAAAGGGGAAAGGUAGCCUAUAUCUGCGAUGUUCGGCAAAGAGACGCUCCGUCCCGUCUUGCUCUCCUGCUACGGAAUACAAGAUAACGAAUUCGAGACGUGCGCCCUCCCCGCGGGGCUUGGAGUGGUAUUUUAUUGAAUCCAUAUGCUUGUCGUGAUCACUGGCGACUGACAGGAACCGCUUCUAUCGCUGCGACUCUAUGGGGUUUCGCUCCGUUUUCGGACAGCGGGAGAGCGUUGCUCUUGAAAGAGACUCCCGUUAUGCGCAGGCAACCGCACGUUGGUCCUUGAAUUUUUCUCGAGACUAACGGCUCGGUUUGGAAUUACAGUUGGAUUCUGAUUGAUUGGCGCUCGCGAACCAUCGAUGGAUAAUCAUUCAACAAUUCAACUGCAGUGUCUGGAGAUGACGACGAAGAGGAAGAUCAUGGGCCGGCUGGUGCCUUGCCGGUGUUUCCGCGGGGAGGAGGAGGUCAUCUCGGUGCUGGACUACUCCCACUGCAGCCUACAGCAGGUGCCCAAGGAGAUCUUCAGCUUCGAGCGCACGCUGGAGGAGCUGUACCUGGACGCCAACCAGAUCGAGGAGCUGCCAAAGCAACUCUUCAGUUGCCAAGCCCUCCGUAAGCUCAGCAUGGCCGACAACGACCUGUCCAGCCUGCCCCCCUCCAUCUCCAGCCUCGUCAACCUCAGGGAGCUGGAUGUCAGUAAAAACGGCAUUCAGGAGUUCCCAGACAACAUAAAGGGCUGCAAAUGUCUCUCUGUGAUGGAAGCGAGUGUUAACCCAAUAACCAAACUCCCAGAUGGAUUCACGCAUCUCAUCAACCUGACACAGCUCUUCCUCAACGACGCCUUCCUCGACUCCCUGCCCCCAAACUUCGGGAAACUCUCGAAACUGCGGAUUCUGGAGCUGAGAGAGAAUCACCUGAAAACUUUGCCAAAGUCCCUACACAAGCUGGCCCUGCUGGAGAGGCUGGACCUGGGCAGCAACGAGUUCUGUGAGCUGCCUGAUGUCCUGGAGCAGAUCCAACACCUCAAAGAGCUCUGGAUGGAUAACAACUCCCUGCAGAGCAUACCUGGGUCCGUCGGCAGGCUGAAGCACCUGAGCUACCUGGACCUGUCGAAGAACCGCAUCGAGUCCGUGGACUCGGAUAUAUCCGGGUGCGAGGUCCUGGAAGAUCUGCUCCUGUCCUUCAACAGCCUGCAACAGCUGCCCGACUCCAUAGGGAUCCUGAAAAAGCUCACGACUCUGAAAGUGGAUGAGAACCAGCUGUCCUCACUGCCCAACGCCAUCGGGAGUUUAUCACAUUUAGAAGAGUUCGACUGCAGCGCCAACGAGCUUCAGGCCCUGCCCCCCACCAUCGGGUACCUGCACAACUUACGCACCUUCGCUGCCGAUGAGAACUUCCUGUCUGAGCUGCCCAGAGAGAUCGGAAGCUGUAAAAAUGUGACAGUCAUGUCUCUGCGCUCCAAUAAGCUGCAGAGUCUACCCGAGGAGAUCGGGCAGAUGACCAAACUACGCGUCCUCAACCUGAGCGACAACAGGUUAAAGAAUCUGCCUUUGUCCUUCACCAAGCUGAAGGACCUCUCUGCUCUGUGGCUGUCAGACAACCAGUCCAAGGCCCUGAUUCCACUGCAGUCGGAGGCCAAUCCGGAGACCAAGCAGAGGGUGCUCACCAACUACAUGUUCCCGCAGCAACCGCGCCGGGACGAGGAUUACCAGUCGGACACGGACAGCUUUAACCCCGCCCUGUGGGAGGAGCAGCGGCAGCAGCGCAUGACGGUGGCCUUUGACUUUGAGGAGAAGGAUGAGGAGGAGAAUGCUGGGAAAGUGAAGGUUGAGAUAAACCUGAAGCGAUACCCAACUCCGUACCCAGAGGACCUGAAGAACAUGGUGAAGUCCAUACAGAACACUGUGGGUAAAGAGAGUGGCCACGCCCUUAGCCCGGAUAAAGACUCCGUUCAAACAAGCAUGGAGCUCCACGGCGUCGACAAGUAUGAGCACAAGUGGCCGACCGCAACCGUGACUGCCACUGCGACCGGGUCCAAGGAGGUGAACGCAAAGGUAACUGACAGGGAGGCUAAAGAAUUCCAGAAGACCAUGAGGGUGGAGCCAGGCCAGUUGCAUUCUGCAGAGAAGGGGGGAGGAGCGGAGCGUUCAGAGGACUCCCGAUGUGGUUCCCCGAAUGACAUCCGAAUUUCUGACAUGAGACCCACUCUGGUGGAGCCCCCUGUCUACAAACCCAAGGCCGUCAUCCUGGGAAAAAACAAGAAAGAGUCAGUGGAGGAGUCGGACGCUGAUAAAGCGCACUGCCUGAACACCAGCGGCUCCUCGGGGCCCUCCUCAGAGUACUCCCCCUCUCAGGCCUCCACCAUCUCCUCCAACCCCCCAGGGACACGCCCUGCUCCGCCCACCACCACUCAGGAGGCUACACACCCAACGCACUGGGCCAGCAGGUUUGGUCCAGCCCUGCCCUUGCUCUGCCAGAGGGAGACCCCCGCCCCUGGCUCCUUACAGCCGCGCCCCCUCAGUGAUACAUUCGACCGCUGGAACGUCCCACCCCACUAUGACAACACGGCCUUCGUGGGCGAGGACUCCCCUUCUGCCCCGGCCAGCGGCUCCCGGCCCCCCAGCGCCUCCGGCCCCCUCCGCAGGCCCCUUCUCCGGCAGGACCGCAUUCUGGGGCUUCCACUGGACCUGGAGGCAUCGCCGCACCUGCCCCGUGCCCGUACCACGCCCCAAGUGCCUCCCCCACCCCCCACCCGCUGGCACAACUGGACCAGGACCCCCAGUCCCCUGGAGGACCGCACGGCCUUCCCCUCCAGACCCGACCCCGCCCUUAUCGCCAGCUCUGCCCCCCAACCUGAGCGUGACUCUGCCCAGCUGCCAGGCUCCUUUCCCUCUGCAGCAGACCCCUGGAGACCCCAGGACCUCCAGAAAGCAGAGAGGGCGCAGGGCCCCUCCUAUGCCCUAGAGGGCGCUCUUGUCCUCAGCAAGAGCGCAGAGAGGCUUCAAGAGGGCCGAGGAGAUCCCAAGGCCAAGUUCAGGAAGUCCCAGAGCAUUGAUGAGAUAGACGCUGCACCUGCUGUGUACAGCAUUCCUCUGGCCGACGCCCAGGACGACAACCUCCCCCAGCCCCAGCCAAUCCCCCGCAGCCAGUCUGCCCCCAUGCUAGAUGAUGACACCUUAGGGGAGGCCCAGUCACAGGGUGGGGGUCUUCCGCAGGGCGGCUACCAAACUGCAACUGCACUACCCUUCCUUGGCUCCCCAGAGGGUGUGGCCCAGGGGGGCAGAGCCCCGCACAGAGGUGGCCAGAGAGGAUACCUACCUGGUGAGCCACUGCUCUCCCCAGUGGGCGUGGUCGGGGGUGUGGCCCCCCAGGGCCCCGUCCCCAGGUCCCGGCCAGGCCUCCUGCGCCGGGCGGACUCGCUGGUGAGCUCGGCGGAGUUGGCGGUGUUCCGGCGGGCGAUGGAAGCGCAGCAGCAGCCGCAGGUGGCCGAUCGCAGCAGCCGACUGCUCUACCGGAACCUUCUGGAGCAACAGCAGGGCGCACCCGCUCCCACGCCCGACUCCCACUACCCCCGCCGGGAUGCUCGCUAUGCUGGCCAAGAGCCCAAAAAACUGUCCCCAGCUGCCCCCCCGGGUUACCCCACCAAGAGCCUGCCCCAGCGCCGGCCCAUGUCAGCUCGAAGCUUCAGCACUGAGGGUUUUGGGGGAUCCCAGGCACGCCCCAUUUCGGCCCGCCCCUCCAUGGCUGCUCUGCUGGAGAAGGGCCCCGUUGACCACACGCUCAGUCCCUGCCUAGAACGCAGUGGGGAGACCGAACUGCACCUGCGUUCCGAUGUGCUGUCUCCACACCUGCGUUCCGACGUGCUGUCUCCACACCUGCGUUCCGAUGUGCUGUCCUCACACCUGCGUUCCGAUGUGCUGUCUUCACACCUGCGUUCCGAUGUGCUGUCUCCACACCUGCGUUCCGACAUGCUGUCCCCACACCUGCGUUCUGACGUGCUGUCCUCACACCUGCGUUCCGACGUGCUGUCUCCACACCUGCGUUCCGAUGUGCUGUCCUCACACCUGCGUUCUGAUGUGCUGUCUCCACACCUGCGUUCCGAUGUGCUGUCCUCACACCUGCGGUCCGAUGUGCUGUCCUCACACCUGCGGUCCGAUGUGCUGUCUCCACACCUAAGGCCUGACGCUCUCUCUGCUCACCUGAGACCUGAUGCACUGUCUGCUCACCUGAGACCUGAUGCACUCUCCUCUCGUAUGCCUGCAGACUGGAGACAGCAGGUCCUACGGCACAUUGAAGCCAAACGUCUGGACAGGGGCCCUUUCUUAGAAAAGGAGCAGGAUGACUUGUCUCCCAUGAGCCAGUGGGGUCCAUAUGCUCUUGGCAGGAGAGAUGUCCCUCCAGAAAGUCUCAUCAGAAAGGCAGGUCUCCCACACACCCAGGCGAUGAUGAUGUCAUCAGGGGCGGGGCAGAGCAUGUCAUAUGAGGGUGUGGCCAGUGAGGUCCCUUUCCAGCAGUACCUGCCCCCCCAGCCCACAGCCCCACCCACCAGCUCCCGCCCCCAGAGUGCCCGCUGCCCCCCCCAAACCAAAGGGCCCAAGAACAGGGAUGGGUACCAGGAGCAGGUGUGUGUGCGGAUUGAGAAGAGCCCAGGUCUUGGCGGUCUUGGUUUCAGUAUCUCAGGAGGAAUAACUGGACAGGGAAACCCUUUCAGACCUUCAGACAUGGGUAUCUUUGUCACUAGGGUACAGCCUGACGGACCGGCUACCCACCUCCUGCAGCCGGGGGACAAGAUCCUCAAGGUGAAUGGACACAGUUUUGUAGAUCUGGAGCACACAGCGGCGGUGUCUCUGCUGAAGAGCUUCCCCAACCCAGUGGACCUGCUCGUCUCCAGGCAGGGCCGGGCCUGAGGAUUCUACCCAUAACCCCCUCUGAGUGAACGCUAGCAUAUCUCCCCAAAUGCAUUUUACCAACGAGACAGUAACCUUUACCAAUUGCUGGUCCAAUGGUAAACCCCAGUGCCACGUCUGCAGGAGGAUGCCUAUCCCACGGCAGGUUUUACAGAAACGCUUAAAAUGUGAUGUUGAUUGUAACAGCCUGAGGCUGUGAGGAAGUGUGAAUGUCUUAUGCUUUAGUGUUUCUGUGUGUGUGUGAGCGUGUAUGUGAGCGUGUGGGUGUGUGUGAGUGUGUGUGUGUGCGCGUGAGUGUGAGUGUGUGUGAGCGUGUGUGUGUGUGUGUGAGCGUGUGUGUGUGUGUGCAUGUGAGUGUGAGGGUGAGUGAGCGUGUGUGUGUGCAUGUGAGUGCGAGUGAGCGUGUGUGUGUGUGAGCGUGUAUGUGAGCGUGUGAGAGUGUGAGUGUGUGUGUGUGUGAGAGUGAGUGCGUGUGAGAUUGUGUGUGUGUGUGAGAGUGUGAGAGUAUGAGUGUGUGUGUGUGUGUGUGUGUGUGUGUGUGUGUGUGUGUGAGCGUGUUUGUAAAUGCGUAAUCUUUCUUUGUUUUUAUGACUUUGUAUUAAGUUUCCUUGUUAUGUCCUAGUUUUUAGUUUUCCGUUUUGAUUUUAAAGACUGAAAGCACACAAGCUCUUUAGGCUUUGCGGUCGCCAUGAACACUGCCUCAAUUUAGCAUUUGCCUUUAUCAGCAUUUCAAACGAGCCGAAAUGGGCACGUUGGGGAUGGAGAAGUGAAGCUUGGGGGCUGAAAGGAUUCAGUGAACUUCAUAUCCCUGACCUACAAACUCUCCCAACCCAAACUCUUACAGAAAUUUAGAGGCGUUUCUGGAAAUACUAGUGCAGAUAUAAAUAGCUCUCAGAAGCGUCUGUAACCAACGCCAUGCUACCUGUUCAGUGUGCCCUGAUACUGCAGAGCAGGCCUCAUUUUUCUAGGUCCCCUAUAUCUGUUUUAAUGUGCAUUCAUACAGUAUUUCCUGAUGUAUUAAAUGUCCCAGUUCUGCACCAUACCAAAGGGGAUAAAGCCAGCGUACUGCCCCUGGGAUUCAACCCGGCAACCCCCUGGCUGUAAGACCUGUACCCUAGCCACUGCGUGCAUUUGUGUGUACCUGUGUGUGUGUGUGUGUGUGUGUGUGUGUGUGUGUGUGUGUGCACGUGUGCACACCACCUCUCUGCUCUCAUCCGCUAACACUGCACAGAAGACCAGGGCUAGUGCACGUGUGCCAUGCACAUGCUUGACAUGGUAGUGUCACCUGCACAUGCGUCAUGCACACACUUCAUCACGUGCACACUCACUUUAAGUUCUCUUGAAGCAGUUGGUGGUUUUUCCUGGGGGGUUUCA